AUGGCACAAUCGAAGGCGGUGACCCCGCUUAUGAUCAAUAAUGAGUCCAUUGAGACCGAUAUCAAAUUCGAGGUCCAUGCCCCCGCCACUGGCGAGCUAAGUGGCUAUUGCGCUGGUGUGUCAGUCGAUGAUGCCAACCGCGCAGUCGAUGCUGCCCAGGCUGCCUUCCCCGGAUGGAGCAAGACCAAGGCAAACGACCGCCGCGACAUCCUGUUGAAGGCUGCCGACAUUAUGGCCUCACGCAAGGAGGAAUUGAUCCAGUACCAGCGCGAGGAGACCGGUGCCGGCCGGCCUUUUUCAGAGUUUACCUUCAAUAUGGGUGUGCUCUUCAUCAAGGACUUCGCAGCCCGGAUAUCCUCGAUCGAGGGUGUUGUGCCGAAUGUCAGCGGGGAGGGAGGCGCAGGAGCCAUCGUAUACAAGGAGCCGUACGGAGUGAUUUUGUCGAUUGCGCCAUGGUAA